CCCUAAGUCCCUCUACUCCAAGGAAUCUGUCUAUGACCUUCUCCCAAAGGAGCUGCAGUUACCACCUUCCAGAGAACUCUCUGUAGCAUCCAUGAGUCAAACAAGUGGUGGUGAGGCAGGUUCGCCCCCUCCGGGUGUAGUUGCUGCUGGUAAGUACUCCACGAGUAAAAUUAAGGUCUUAAUGCAUAUUAAUAUUGUUGUCAGCAUGAGCAGCGCUGGAAAAGUUUGCAGUCUUAAAAAACCCCCACAAGACUAACUUAGACUUAGAAGUAGGCGAUACUUUAUUGCACAUUUCCUCUUUUGCCCCUACGAUGGUGCUGGACUCCUCAAAUAUGUUAUAUUUGGAUGUAGCAGUUGCCAGUUUAGAACUAAAUGGGAGUGUUUCAAUGGGCCAGAGAAUGCUGCCUUACAAACCAGGACAGAAAUGAAAUCUGCAGCAGUGUUCUGGGUUUGUAGCUUCUACUUUCAUUUCCCCACCACCACAUGGCUUGAUGAAACCAUGAAUGAUUCAGUUACAUGACCUACUGUUUGGUCCUGAAAGUGUUUAGAUGAUGUGUGAAGGGAUAGUUGAUACCUGCUAAAUGUAAGUAUGUUUGAAUCCAGUUACCAAAAUAUUUUUAAAACUUAAGUCAUCACCUAUUCAGCCUCAUACAGUUUGUUCUUUUAAAAUAAAAGUUCUUUUGCUGGAUAAUUUUCUUUUGUUUAGGGGAAUGAUGACUGUUUUUGUUAUGGAGGGGCAAACCUGAAUUGGCAGUUGGCAUUCAAAUUAAUUUUCAUCUGGAAUGCCUCCAACUUUAUAAUAUAUAAUAUAAUAUAUAAUAUAAUUAAUGGAUGUGUUCCAGGGUUUUCCUCUCAUGGGCCAAGAUUGCUUGACUGACCAUGUAAUAUUUGUAAUAGAACAUCAUGUGUCUGGCCCUAGUCUAGCCUUCUCCAUAAGGCUAUUUAUUAUCAGAGCAUAGCUGGACUAAGCAAUGUGUUCAGUGCAUUCAAUUUUGAUAGGAGUGCCUUCUCUAGUAUGUUCAACACUGAAAAUGAGCCUCUUGGUUUGGUAGUACAAGGCUUAAGUCUAGGGUAAAACUUUACAGCACUGCUCAAUGCUGAUAUAUUUGAAUACUUUCCCUAAUGAAAUCUGUGGAUUUAAUUGUGUAUUGGGGAGAUUGGUAAUUAGAUCCAAGGCUGCUUUAGUUAACAAAUCAUCCAGUGUAGCUUCAUUCUGCACUUCAGAAGCUAAUUCAGUCAAAAGAGAAACAACAGUUGCAAGAUAUUUUGAAAACUGCUAGCACUUUAAAUCCACAGAAAUACUUUACUGUUGAUUUUCAUAUUUUCAAGCAUCUGAUGUAGUUGAUGAGAAGAACUAUGUGUCUGUUACUUCUAGGCAUUAGUUGUCUGACAGUCAAUCCACUUCCUUUCAAAAACUGAACAAAAACUAAAGAAAACUAGCAUAUUCCACAAUAUGGUAUUUAUAUAGGGGACCAUUUUAAUUGAAUCAGAAUACAUUUUCAAUAUUUUCUAUCUCUUUGCUAAUAGUAUUAAAUGUUUAAUUGAUUAAAUGUUUCUCCGACUUAAAAAACAUAAAAACUUAAAUCCAGAUAAUUACAAUUACUGUGGUCAGCAUCCUACAGUUUGUUCCAAAGGGGUGGUUCACACUUAAGUUUUCAUCAUAGAGACUGCCCCUAAAUUUGUAGUUUAAAAGUUUUAAAUGAGUGAAAACAGUUUAAAAACAGUUAUUUAUAUUGCAGCAGUGCUGAAUGUAGAUACAGUAGGCUCCAACGCUGGAUAAUUUAUAGAGAGGACAAUCAAAUUGCUGUAAAGGCUGACUCAGAAAUUGCAGCCUUAACAUGCUGGGAAGAAAAUCAGUCAAGUUAAGCAGAGAUCGAUACUGAAGAGAGACAAGAGAAAAAAUAGCCGUGAUAACAAUAUGAAGUUUGCCAAGAUUUCUUUUGAAUUCGCAUGGUGCAUACCCUCUUAACAUUUCUCCAAUGAAAAUAGGGAUGACCCAUUCCAUAAUGAUAAUUUUACUAUUUAUACCCCACACAUCUUACUGGGUUGCCCCAGCCACUCCGGGCAGCUUUCAACAUAUAUAAAAAUAUAAUAAAACAUAAAACAUUUUUAAAAAUCUUCCCUGUACAAGGUUGCCUUCAGAUGGCUCAGGAGUCAAACAACUCCAUACCCUACAACAUUUCUCCAAUGAAAAUAGGGAUGUCCUAAUGAAAAGUGGGACAUUCUGGGAUCAAAUCAGAAACUGGGACAGCUUCUCUAAAUCAGGGACGUCUCUGGAAAAUAGUGACACUUGGAGAGUCUGCAUGGUGGGUUUGCAGUUCUGCCAGCCCCAAUCAUUAAAAAUAUAUUGAAGGAAACUACCUUAUGUGCAGGUAGGAGGAAUAUUAAUCAAGCAUGUCUGGAAUCUUGGAAGUGAGAGUUCUGCUACUUUAGGAUAUUGGAGAAACUGAGGAGAAAGCCCUCAGAAGAGUAAAACUUCAGCAAAUAUAUGAACGCUUACAAGAAAUCUUGUUGAAUAGGUCAAUCAGCUUAAAGCCCACAGACCCUGCUGGUAUGAUGGUGUAUCUCUUCUUUCUCAGCAGCAUGCAUCUCAAUACCAUAGACCCAAAGAGAAUCCUUCUCCUCCGACAUGGAUAAGCUGAAGCCCAGCUGAAACUUUGGGCCAGAGCAUUCAUGUGGCUCUGCUCCUUUUCCACAGGCAAGGCAAAAGGCACAAAAAGAAUAUAUUGUAGUCAUUGGCUAGUUGUCACAGGGGAUGCGUUGCGACUACUCUAGAGUAACGACUCUCCAGACCUUUGCCUUUUCAUGCUUUUUUAAAGUGCAGGUUAUUUACAGUGCUAGAGCUAUACAGGACACAUGCUCUCAGUCGGACCCAGAACCCUGGAAUGGCGCGUUUCGCGUCUUCUUCCAACAUAAGAGUCUGGGCACCCCAAAUCUCCUCCCUCGCUUCCUCCUGCGUAAUUCCGGAACUGGAGGGAAAAAGGGUCUCCUUUCCAUGUUUUCCUUCUCCCCCUCUUCCCCCCUCUCUCUUCCUCUCCCUCGUGCAGCAGAGGCUCUGCUAUCCUGCCAGAGCCCCGUCUCCUCUCUCCUCCUUCCUCACUGGACUCUUCCCCCUCCCCGCUGGCGCCGCUGCUGGUGGAGGAACUGCUCCUCAGGAUGGGGGGGGGCUCUCUGUACUCUUUCCCCCUCACACUAGUAGUUGAGUUUUAGGAGGACCUAGCAUUGGAAAACUCUGGAAUUCUCGGUGGUCUUCACUAGUCUUUCAUUAGAAAGCAUUUAUCAUGGAGGGGCUAAUUCUUCCCAGGAGUUCUUCCCAUUUCAGAGUGUGGGCCACAUACCCCUUCCCUAUACAUACUCCUUCCUUUGAAGAAGCAGGUUGACUUGGUUUUUAUAGCUGGGUGUACUAAGCUGCCCCAAAACUGGAUGCAGAGGUCAUUCUGCUUGACCCUGAACCAUGCCAGAGUUCUUUAAGAUGUUACUUGUAGAUGAAGAGGGGAACAUAAAUCAGCCACCACAAUUCAAGGUAUUGUGCUCUCUGUACAGAGCUGUUGUACCUGGCCUUCCCUUCUGCAGAAAUAAUCAUAGAAUUGUAGAGUUGGAAGGGACCACAAGGGUCACCUAGUCCAACCUCCUGCAGUGCAAGAAUCUUUUGCCCAACGUGGAGCUUGAACCCACAACCCUAAGAUUAGGAGUCUCGUGCUCCACCGACUGAACCAUCCCAGUUUUCAAAGGGCAAUCUAGCUAGGGACAUUGGGAAGAUUGGAGUUAUGGUUGUGGGGUUGUGGAGAGGUUUAUGAGAUUGAAAUCACUUAUAAAAUGGGUCAAAGCAUCACUUUCACUCAUUCUAGUCCUUUCAUCAGGCAGAUAAGGAUAGCUUCCAAUCGGCCACAUUGUCAAGUGGCUGGGAGGGGAAGGUGACCUUGGACAACCUAGAACUGCAGGAGCCCAUUCCUUUUAUGUCCGAAAAACAAAACUCCUUAUUGUUUUGUGCAAAUCUGUUGUAUCUACUCUUAUUUAUCCUGAAAGGGACAGUUUUGUGCUUUUUUAUAAUCAGCAAGAUUCCAAAAGCAACUCUUUUUAAAGCUGGUUGCAGUUUCUUCAUGAAGACCCAAGCAAAUAUUCUGUGUUUUGGCUACAUGUAGAGCUCCCUCUCCUUUAUUUAAGCUUUCUGACACAGUUGCCAUUACUAGUGCCAAUGACUAGAUUAAGAGGAGAGAGCUGGUAAAAAACAUUUUCCUCAUUUAAGACUUUACUUCAUUUGUUCUCUGCUUCCCUAGCCACAGGGUGACACAGUAUCUGGCUGUAAAUCAGAUUGCCCCAGGUUUUUCUUUCAGUGCUUUGAUCUGAGGUUCUGGGACACAUAAGCAGGUUACAUAAAGAUUUUCUGCAGUUAACUUCAGAUUUCUGGAGGAACAGGAUUGGCUGAUAUCAGGUAUGAGGGCCUGCAGGAACAGACUGCUAGUUCUGCUAUUACUGUUUGGCUUCCAAUUUUCAAAUCAGUCUAAACCAUUUUAAAACGGAGUCUUGGUAAUUGGUCUUUUAAGAGCACAUUUGAUUAUUUUAACAUAAAAGGCGUGUUUCAUAUUCAUCAAUCCAAACAUGAGGUGGUUUCUUUGUAAAUUAACCAGCUAUGAAUUCUUAAUUUUAACAUAGGUCUCAGUUUAUUUCUGAACUUUCAUGAUGAACUUUAUAUAGUUAAGCUGGGAAGAGUUGUCUAUCUCUUGAAGGCAGUUACGUCUUGAUAACACCUCUGUGUGUGUGUGGAGAGAGUGAGAGAGAGCUUAUCCUUUCUGUGCAGCCAGUUUAUUUCUAAGUGUCUCUUGCCAGAAGGUGCAAACAGGUCUUUCUUAGCAGGAUACUAGCAUUUAAUGUGAAAUGCUGUGUUUGCUAAGUAGGAAGAAGCAGGGCUUCAAGAAUGGGUCUGAGAAAUGACCUGUCUCAAAUCGGUCGCUUUUUCACUCUAACACAUAUCUGCCAACCUCCCUUUCACAGUUUGAUAUUAAACUUUAUAGCAUCACAACAAAUGUCUUAAAACAGGGGUCAGCAAACUUUUUCAGCAGGGGGCCGGACUAUAUUUUGAAAAAUAAUAAUAUAUGAACGAAUUCCUAUGCCCCCAAAAUAACCCAGAGAUGCAUUUUAAAUAAAAGCACACAUUCUACUCAUGUAAAUACACCAGGCAGGCCCCGCAAACAACCCAGAGAUGCAUUUUAAAUAAAAGGACACAUUCAACUCAUGUAAAAACAUGCUGAUUCCGGGACCGUAUAUGGGCCGGAUCUGGCCCCUGGGUCUUAAUUUGCCUACCCCUGUCUUAAAAACACCAUGCACAUCUCUCUUGAAUGAGGUGCCAUGACUUUCAGAAGGUGGAGAAAGGUUAAGUGCCUUGUUUUUAAUCAUUUUGAUUUGCCUGAAGGUAAAAAAAUAUAUGCAACAAUAAGUGCUCCUUUAAUUUACUUUUACCAUUGGUGUAGUCUAAGUCGGUACCAUUUUUUUUGGCAAGGAAUGCACUUUUAAACUAGAAAAAUUAGCUUCUGUCUUAUUAGGAGCAAGUAGUUGCUCAGAAAUGGAGAAUAAAAACACAUCUUAGGUCAUUUUGACUAUAUUCCAUAAUAGCAAAGGGUUCAUUUGUCUUCUGUAGCUUCUCUUUAUAAAGCUUUGAUCUUAUACUUUCUCUUUUGACAUGGUUAACGUGACAGGCUUUAUUUGCAUGAUAAUGUGCAUUAUACCUCAGAGUACAAUAUAAUUCUGAGGAAGUUUCAAAUUCAUGUAGCUUAAAACUGGCAAGAUUCUACAUAUCAGUGGAAAGAGCUGGAGAUAAAUCACAUUUUUUUUAAAGCUAGUGAUUUAUGUUGUGUGUGUAUCUGGCAAAAAGGGGCCUUGAAGGGAUUCUUAUCUGUCUUCUAAAGGCAGGUUAUGUUGUUUGACAUUGUGCUGCAUGAUCUAACUAUACAGUAUCAAUAGUUUUAGACACACACUGGCACACAUAUGACCCAGAGAGGCAUAGCAGAGUUCAUUGUCUAGUUAGCUUUAUGAGACUUUGGUGGCUGCUUUAGGGAUGGUUUCCUCAUCUGCGUGAAUUGCUGUGCAAUUUAAGCUUAGUCAUGUUCUUCACAAUAAACUGCACAAGGACCCUUGCUACAUACAUUAUACCUGCUUUCUUCUUUGCACUAAAUCCAGUAAAAGUAAAUAUGUGGUUUGCCAGUGCCUACCUCUUUUUAUCCAGUUAAAACUCUUCUCUCUCUUCUCCUCAUAGAAUCAUAGAAUUGUAGAGUUGGAAGGGACCACAAGGGUCAUCUGGUCCAACCUGCUGCAAUGCAGGAAUCUUUUGCCUGAUAGAUUUGGGGUGAGUUUGUUAGCUGUCAGUCUAUGUUUCCACUCAGCAGUAGUUGCAGGGUUUUGCUUAUGCUUAUGGUAAGAACACUUGUGAGAUUAUCAUGUGUCCCUUACCAGCUUCAUAGAAUGAUGACUAGUGUGAAAAAUUUACCAAACUAAUUAAUGCAUAUUGUAAAGAUUGGACCAGAAAGGACAGUCAUCUCCUUUCUGGAGAAAUGUUAAGUUUAUUGAUCAAGACAAUGCAGCACUUUCUUGUCUCUGGAGAGGAAUACAGGGCAGGGAUAAAUAAGUAUGAGGGCCCUGAAUUCAUGCUUGCUGGUUGAUUGCAUCUGAUUUUCGCUCUUGAGUGGCAGACCACCUAGUCUAAAUUGGUGAACAUGAAUCACCCAACAAAAGUUCCAGGUAAGAAAUAACCACUUGUGCAUCUGUAAAUAUGAGUGUCAAAUGAUGGAUUUCCCGUCUGUCAAAGCAGACUGAAGCCUGUUUUUAAUUGUGUUAAAUAAUACUUGUUUUGGCAUGUGAAUUUAAUGGGGAAUUUAAAAUUGUUUGGGGUUUAAUGUAAGUAACCAACCUACUUUGAAUCUGCCUUGAACUUUUAAAGUAAAUUGGAUUGCUUUUAUGAUAUUUGCUGGGAUGCUAGCUGUUUUCUCUAUUAAUACACUUAACUUGCAUUCUAGCUCCGCCAUUCAGAGACAGGCAUCGUGUGGUGGGUUGUGUGACAGUGUCUGUCAAUAGUGAAGACAAAUAGUACCAGAGACACUUAACCCAUCCAAUCUCACCCAGGGUAUAGGUCGGUCUUGUUUUCAGACUUCUUCAUAAGUCUUUCCUUUCUUUUUCUUUUUCUUUUGUUAUAAAUAGUGGAUUGACUGAAGUUAAACUCUUAAUAAAGUUUUUGAUUUUACAUCAAUAAAUGAAGCUGAAGAAAAGUAAGCAGCCAAAGUUGACACAGAAGGUGUCGGAAGCAGGUUUGCAGCCACUUUGUCCCGGUUCAUACUUCUGCCUUUGACAACACAAGGGCUCGUGUCCUUCUGUCUUUACUCCAAAACUGUCGCUCUGAAUUCACUGGUCCUGCAAAAUUAACCCACAGAAAGAUUUGAGCAAUAUUGGAAGUGGAGACUGCCGAGAAUAGAAAAUGCAAGGUUCAUAAAUGACACUUCUGUAGGGAUAGGCUCUGGGGAUUGAGUCUAUCAAAAUGCCAAGGGUUCACCCUGUGUUGUUGAAUGCUUAUUGUUUUCAUUCUGUUUUCUGAACAUCAAAUAGCAUGGCAAGUGUGCCAGUUUAUGGAAAGCAGUGAGUUCUUCCACCAGCUGCUUGUGCAUAAUAGUGGUUCAUAUACAGGUGGCAUCCCAAGCCUUAGCUUUUGAUCUCUCAUGUUCUCCACUUUGGAAGGUGACUUUGCAUUGCAGGGUAGCUUGCCUGUUAGUUUUCUCAUCACUUGAACUGAUGUUUGGUCUUCUUGAAAAGCCUUGUAGCUCUGAAGGGCUUAUGUUAAGAGAAAUACCUCAGGGCAAGAAAUGGCUUCCUUUAAGCUCUGCCUAAAGAUAGCAAAUCUCUCUGAAACUAGCAGUGAGCUGAUGGAGGACAGAGAAUUUUAAAUGGGCUUAAAAUCUUAGAGUCUUAGUCUCCCAAGGUUGUAUAAAGCUAUCGUAGCUUUAGCUAGUAACCCAAGCUGCCCAUAACCUCUUUGAUUCUCAGCUCCUAAAUCUUAUUCUGAGGAGUGGCUUAAAAAAACUGCCUCAGUGCCAUAAAAACAAAAUGCUUAUUUAGGUUAAAAGCUACUAGUACCUGGAAAGCAAAGGGUUUUUGCAAACUGACAUGAGCUGUCACUUGUAGCAUAGAGCAGGGGUGGCCAUUACUUUGCAAUGCACUGCACAGGCUUGCUUUGAGUCGUUUUGUUUCUAAGACAGAACUGAAGCAGAUGCCAAUAAGGGUGCAGGAGCUUGUUGUUCUUUCUUGAACUACGUCUUUUAUUUCAUCUUUGACUAUUGAUGGUAUUGAAGCUCAAAGGGCUUUUAACUUCCAGUGUGAUCUGUCCUAUUUGGAUCUUGGAUGAAUUAAUUAUAAAAUGACUUGCACAGAUACUGUGUAUUGUAGUUUUUGUUGCCAUGCCUCUGGAGACUGUCAUAAAACAUUCUUGGCAUGUGAUUGUAAUUCUAAAAUGGCUUUAAAAUGUAACUGAAACUGAACCUUGUUAGACUGUAAUCUUGUAUUUAAAAAAAUGCAGUAAAAAUAUCCAACCCUCCCCAAACAUCGAGUUUGUGCUUAUUGAGCUGUGUCUCUUGGGUCCUAGAGAGUAAAUUCUAUUCUAGACGUAAAAGGAAAAUCCUUAAAGUGGGAUGACUGUGUUUCUGGGUUAAGGUUGCAAAGUGGGAAUAUGAGGGGUUACUUUCUGGUGACCACCUUCCUAGAGAAAGCCAAUUUCCUUAUGUCUUGGACUUGGCUAACUCUUAAUGGCUGGCACUCUUAUUGCCAUGACUUGGGCUCAGUUGAAAGGACAUUUUUGUUAAUAAUAAAAAGGAUUUGAGACUGCUUUAGUAUGGAGUGAUCAGUCAAGGGAUUGCCAUUACUUUUUCAGAUUGAAUUUAACACCACAUCCAAAUUAUGUAUACACUACCUGAAAAAAUAGUAUUUAUCUCACUGAUGUAUAAUGCAUCAAUCAUUUCCUGAGCCUUUUCAGCUACGAAAGUAAAGAGGUCCAUCUGCCUAACUUCAAAUGCAAUAGAAGGAUGUUGGGCCUGGGUUAUAUUAUUAAUAUUGGUAUAAGGUCAUAUAAUUAGUUCUUUUUCAUUGGUGUGACUAAAUUUGCCUAUUUCUUGAAGCUUUAAAGGUUCUAGUUUAUAACUUGGCACAGCUGUGAUUAAGUAAACUAAACAAUUAUUUGGUUGCAGUCCACAUGACUGAUUCACAGGGGUAGCAAAAAAGUAGGGUCCUGGUAGUCUGUGUUUUUCAAAUUAUCUGCAAAACUAUACUAAUUGGAGAAUUUCCUUUUAAGGAAGUUACUAUUUAUUUAAUACAGGUUUCAAGCUAUUUAACUUGGUGCUAAUACUUUGCUUGAUAAAAUUUGCAUACCUUGGCUUUCUUGGUAGCAUUUUAUUUUAUAUGAAUUCCCUCUUCAGGUUGCUGAUCCUGCCUGGCAUAACUACCACAGUGUGGACUGAUGUGAAAGUUCCAAACUCUUCCAUUUUAGAUAGGAACAUGGAUACUUUUUUAUCCACACUAUUCACAGAUCAGCAUAAUGGGCUGGUACAAAACAAACAGCUUAAGUGUGUAAGCUCUCUGCACCUUAAAUCAAGGAUGAGGCAGCCUCCCAACUAACGCCUGACACUUGUAUGAUCAUCUUUGUUUGGGGAAGAAUCCAGAGAUGGUCAUAUUCUGCAUGGAGUUUCUUUUCAGGGUGGGGUGCUACUAGAGAGGGGGAAAGGAUUGUCUGCAGCGAUGCAAGUUUAGAGCAUUCUUCCUGCAUGUUUUACAGUGCAUGCAGUACAUCUGAUAUAUGCUAGCCGCAUUUUUGCAUUUCUAGGUGGGUGACUGUUUAAAAGCAAAUGGAAGUUAGUGCUAUUUUAACAAAAGCUAGCUAAAAAAAUAAUGUCCCAUAGCAAACUUUUUCAACUCAAAGUGGCUGCAAAUCAGCAAUUAUAUAUAGUCACUGAAAUUAGCAAACUUUACAUCUUUCUAAGGAAAGCAUUGCAUUAAUGCAUGAUACAAAAAGGACUUGGAAAAUGUUUUUUUUAAUUAAAAUGCAGUUCUGAGUGACUGAAACUUCCAAUUCAGCCACUGCAUUUGCCAGGGAACAAGCUGGAAAAUGGAACUGGUAUCUUUCAGUGGCUCCAGAUUAUUCCAGAGACUGGCUGGAGAUGGGGUGGGAGUAGUUCUAAGGGAAGAGUGUAUUGUUACCUGACCAAUAGAUUCACAUCUGAAACCUUCAUAACUAAAACUAAACAGAAGAUUGAUCUGUUUUGCUUUUAGUCUAUAUUUCUUGGGCUUCUUAAUGCAAUACUAACAUUUUCACUAGGUCAGUGUGUCAGUUUAUGUUUUUUCUGUACCUUAAGUAUAUUAUUGCAUAUUGAAUGCAUUUAAAAGAAAAGGAACCUGCAACAAUCUUAAUUCCUUUUUCUGACCCUUUCAGUUUAUACGCAGAAAUUCUGUUCAUUGAGUCAUCAGAAGCCACCUUCCUUUUUAUAGUUAACAGAAGUUUUACCAAUCUUGUUUGCUCCCUUCAGCAGGUAGUGCUAUCAAUUUAAUACAACUAUUUAUUUAGCUAAUUAUUCUGGAAUAGGGAGAUGUCUUAAGAUGGUGGGUCAUUUUUUAUUUAGUAGCAUUCUCAGAUACAUGCAGAGAGUUGCAGCCCACAAUCUCCUUAGCUCAGAGCAAUUACUUUGAAUUCAGGACACUGUUGAGGAGUGAAGGCUUUGUGGGCAGUUAAAUAUAUUUUAUCUAUGCAUUCUUCUUGCCUAACCUGCUUUUAAGAAGCCCUAGUCGCAAACAGAUAUCUAAUUAUUAGGCCAGAACCUACCCUGGUAGUUAUUUAGCCAUCAACCCCAAUAAUGUUCCUUUUGCUGAGAAAUGGGCUGCUACUUAUGCCAUCAGUAAUUCUGGGUGGCUUUAAUUCAUUUUAUAUUUUUAUGGAUUUGAACUAACACAUAAGGAGGUGACUUGAUCAUGCCUCUUCCAUUUUCUUACCAGCAUGCUCUGAUUUCAAAUCUCAGCUGAUUAAUUUUUUUAAAGCCAUAAAUGGUGAUUGGUACCAGUUCCAUUUUGUUGCAGUUAAGUUAUUUUUGUAUUUCAUUUCUCAUUUAAUAGUUAAUAUCUGGAAUAAUGAGCAGCUCUCUUCUCAUUUAUUUUUUCAUAUUUUUAUUCCAGGAUUUGCCUCUGAAGCAGGGAGUGUCUGCAUUAAAAAUGACCUGUAGUUCUCUGCUUCAUAGGUUAGAAACUUAUUUUAAUACUUUGUGGCUAAGCACAGUCCCACCUUUUUCAAAAAUUUCAGAUGCUGGUUGAUUGGCAUGGAAUGUGGCCUAAAAGCAUUGACACAUGUCUUGCAUUGGGCUUCCUAUCAUUUUAGAUAAAAUGGCUUAAACUCAUAGUCCAGCUGAGGCAAUAAAAGCGCCCUUGUUUGCUUGCAGCCUUUUUAUGACUUAAAGAAAAUUUAAAGAAAAAAAGUCUGAUUGCCACAUGCACAAAAAUGGAAGUAUCAUUUGGACACUUUUCAGAAUACUUCUGUGUUGCUUAAGCCUUAUAUCACUUGAAGUGUUUAAAUUCAAAAACAAGCCAAAUUCCAAAACAUUCAUUUGGGGGAAAAAUCAGUUCACUAAUCACAUUACUUCAAAGGGACUGCUAUAGCCAGCACGGUUGGGAUCAUGUACCCUGUAUUUACUUCUGAAUUGUACACCGCAGAUGCUUCUUCAGCUCCCUCCUCUUCCUCCAUGGGCGGUGCUUGCAGCUCCUUUACCACCUCUUCCAGUCCCACCAUUUACUCUACCUCAGUCACUGACAGCAAAGCUAUGCAAGUGGAGAGCUGCUCCUCAGCCAUGGGGAACAUCAGAAACCCCAAAAACAACUGGAGGCAAGAAGAGUCCUAUGUUAUGUGGUCAGUAUCCUGGUAAAAGUGAAGGCAAGGAGCUGAAGAUAAUGGUGCAGCCAGAGACACAGCACAGAGCUCGCUACCUAACUGAGGGCAGUCGGGGCUCGGUGAAAGACAGAACACAACAAGGAUUCCCCACUGUAAAGCUGGAAGGUCACAAUGAGGCUGUGACGCUGCAGGUCUUUGUGGGGAAUGACUCUGGUCGGGUGAAACCUCAUGGGUUCUAUCAGGCCUGCAGGGUUACAGGACGAAACACCACACCCUGCAAAGAGGUCGACAUAGAGGGUACCACCGUCAUUGAGGUGGGCUUGGAUCCAAACAACAACAUGACCCUGGCGGUGGACUGUGUUGGAAUACUGAAACUGAGGAAUGCAGAUGUUGAAGCUCGAAUAGGCAUUGCUGGCUCCAAGAAAAAAAGCACUCGGGCCAGGCUAGUGUUCCGUGUUAACAUCACUCGGAAGGAUGGUUCCAUUCUGACCCUGCAGACGCCGUCCUCGCCAAUUCUGUGCACUCAGCCAGCUGGUGUACCAGAGAUUCUAAAGAAAAGCCUGCACAGUUGUUCUGUGAAGGGAGAAGAGGAAGUCUUUUUAAUUGGCAAGAACUUUCUGAAGGGAACAAAAGUGAUCUUUCAAGAGAAUAUGUCUGAUGAAAACUCUUGGAAAGGGGAAGCAGAAAUUGACAUGGAGCUGUUUCAUCAGAAUCAUCUAAUUGUGAAGGUGCCACCAUAUCACGACCAGCAAAUAACUGCCCCGGUUUCUGUGGGGAUCUAUGUGGUGACCAAUGCCGGAAGAUCACAUGACAUACAGCAAUUUACUUACACUCCUGAUACAUCUGGUACUCUGAAUGUGAAUGUGAAGCAGGAAAUACCCAGUCCAACCCAGCCUUGCUCUUUUGAUGAUGCUAUCAAAGUGAACACCAGUGGCUGUAACCUGGACAAGGUAAAUAUUCUUCCCAGUGCCUUGAUAACGCCACUCAGACCAAACAGUGUGAUCAAGAGUGAAGAGGCUGCUCCCAUGGCACUUACAGCUGAAAAAAGGGCUCCUCCAGUCUUUAAGGCAACAAGUGUAGUCGGACCACCCCAAGCCACAUUGGAAACCAACAUGUCCAGUAUAUUGGGCAAUGGCACUUUCUCCUCUUCUGCUUCUCACUUAGCACCAGAGAGUGAAAAUCAGCAGCUGCAGCCAAAGGUAUAUACUCCAGAGGCAAUGCCCUCCCUCCAGGCACAGGACCUUGCCCAGCCUGGCAGCUUCCCUGCAGGUUCUGGUCCCAAUCAGCUGCAAAACAGUGACACCUUGUUGCAGCAGGCAUCCCAGUUCCCCACCAGGGAGUCCCAGCCAAGAGAGGUGUUGCAGCCAGACAGUGCAGUCAUGACUUUGUCUCAGCUGACAGAGGCGUCCCAGCAGCAGUCACCACUCCAGGAAUCGGCACAAGUGUUGCAGCAGCAGAUGUCUUCAAACCUUUUCUCAUCAGCCAACAGUGUGAGCCAGCUGCAGAACACAAUCCAGCAACUGCAAGCAGGGAACUUUCAGUCUAGCACUGCCAGCAGCAACAAUGGAAGUGUAGAUUUGGUCCAGCAGGUCCUGGAAGCCCAGCAGCAGCUAUCCUCUGUCUUGUUCUCUGGGUCUGACAACGAGGAUGUUCAAGAGCAAAUCAAUGUAGAGAUUUUUCAGCAGGUUAGCCAGAUCCAAAAUGGAGUCAGUCAAGGGAUAUUUUCCUCCUCUGACACUGUCCAUUCAAGGGCUGAGGACCUUCUCUCUGGGAGAAGUGAGAAUGUCCAUCCACAACCUGAAAGUUCUUUGUCCAGCCAGCAGCAACAGCAGCAGCAACAACAGCAGCAGCAGCAGCAAGCAAUGGAGACUUCUGCAGCUAUGGUGAUUGAGAUUCAGCAAGGUCUCUGCCAGGCAGCAAGUCAGAUGCAGUCCAACAUGUUCUCAAACUCCUCUUCGGGAAAUAGAAACAUCCAGCAGUCCCCAGUGUACCAACAAACUUCUCACCUGAUGAGUGCACUGACAACAAAUGAAGACAUACAGAUGCAGUGUGAGCUAUUCUCACCCACCAGUGUUUCUGGUAAUGAAGCUGGUACUCCAUCGCAGCAGCAGCAGCAGGUGGUGCCUGCCAACGGUCCUUCCAUGUUUCAGUCUUCUGGCUCUGCCGAAGGUGAAGAAGCUCCAGGUCAGACCAAGCAGAUGCAGAGUAAUGUAUUUCAAGCUAUGGUUCAAAUGCAGCACAGCGGGGAGAACCAGGCGCAGGUCAGCCUCUUCUCUUCCUCAGAAAGUAUGAUGGCCGUUCAGGACAAUGGAACGCAGCAGCAACAGCAGCAAACCGGGACUCUCUUUCAGCAGAGUGGGGAGUUGAUGUCUCUCCAGUCUGGAAGCUUUUUGCAGCAGGCUCCCCACUCACAAGCUCAGCUUUUUCACUCACAGAGCCCUAUUGGGGAUGCUCAGAACAUCUCGCAGGAGACCCAAAGUGCUCUCUUCCACAGCCAGAGCUCUGCCUCUUCCUCAGAGCAGCUGCAGCCUCCAAUGUUCCAUUCCCAGAGUCCCAUGGGUGUGGUUCAGGACCAGCAGGCAAGCAACCUAUUCCUUCCCCAGAGCUCAGUUGCACAGGAGGAACAGAUGCCCUUCUUUGCCGCACAGAAUUCCAUUUCUCCACUGCAGACACCUGCCAGUGCUGAGCAGCAGUCGACAUUCCAGCAGCAGCAGGCUCAGCUCUCACACCUCCAGAGCCCUAUGCUUGCCCAAGAGCAGUCCCAGCAACAGCAGCAGAGCAUGUUCCAAUCACAGGUGCCCCAAAACCAGCAAGGAGCCAUGUUCCAACCACAGCAUUCUAUGGUGGCUCUUCAGAACAGCACACCCUCCCAAGAGCAGCAGCAGCAGAAUUUGAGGUUCAGCAAUCAGAAUUCCAUGGGCCCUAUGACAUCCCAGAAGCAGAACAUGAUGUACAACCCAAACCCUAACCAAAUGGCUAGCCAGGAGCAGCAGCAGCAGCAACAACAACAACAACAAAGCCAGUCUCUCUUCCACCCACAAAGCAGCAUGACACCAAUGAAUCAGGAUCAGCAACCCAUGCAGUUUCAGAACCAAAGCCCAGGCUCUAAUCAAGCUGAGUCACAGCAGCAGCCUGCCUUAUUCCACAACUCGCCCCAGAUCCAGCUAGUCCAAGGAUCCUCCAGCUCUCAGGAGCAGCCUGUCACCCUCUUCAUAUCAUCGACUUCCAUGUCUGCCUUGCAGAACAGCAUGAACCAGCAAGAGUUGCAGCAGCCCCCCCUCUACUCUUCACCAAACAAUAUGGCUGGCAUCCAGGGAGCUUCUUCGCCCCCGCAGCAGCAGCAACAGCAGCAGCAGGCUGCUUUGUUCCAAAACACACCUGGAAGUGGUUCCAUGAACCAGCUGCAGAACUCCUCAGCUUCAUCUCGGCAGACCUCUGGAAUAUUCCUGUUUGGCAUCCAAGAUAACUGUGGCCAGCUCUUAACAUCUGGACCCACUUCGAUGUCAGAUCAGAUGAUCACAAUAAGCCAGCCACAGGGUGAGGCACAGUCAUCAGUCACAAGUCUACUAUCCCAGCAGAUGUCUGAAAGCCCCCAGCUGUCUUCUGCUAUGACCACCAAUCAGAAUAUGAAGAAGAUUGAUGACCUGCUAGUGUCUCUACAAAACCAGGGGAACAACAACAUGGCUGGCUCCUUCUAACUAUCCAGCUUGUAACUUCAGAAAUCCUGUAAUGGACAAGCAGAUUUGCAAGACUUUCUUUCUUGUGACUCUGGAAUUUAGGAUGUUUGGAGUUAAAUUUCCUGUGUCAAAGUGCGGCCUUGGACCCAAGGGGAAAUGUAGCCUUCACCAUCACUUUGGAAGAGUACCCAUGCUAAGCCUGAUGAGAAACAGCUGCUGAGUGAGAGCAUCAGAGAGAGACUUCUUGAAGCUGGAAGAGGCGAAAGAGACUCUGCUUUGGACAGUUGCCCCCAUCUCUAGUCCAGCUGUGGGGAUGCAGAGUGCAGCUGCUCAUUUAUCAUUGCAGCUUGGCAAGGAAAGAACCUGAGACUGUCUCUGCUCCUUUUUUUCAGCUCUUCUUCACAGCUCUUGGAACAGGCUGCAAAGCACACAGGGAUAUGUGUCCUAAAAUAACUGGGAUAUACAAAUGGUUGAUUCACAUAUUUGUGCUCAUCACUUGAAGACUCAGUCACUUGAUUUGAAGCUGUAAAUGGUUUCCAGUGAAAAAUGUUGCUUGAGGGAGCUGAAGGUGAUUCAUGUGUUCAGUCCUCUGUUGUGCAUUUCACUCAUGCCAGUCAUUGCUUAAUGGUGCAGUUACCAAGUGUUGAACAUACCAGUGUGAAUUAGUGACUCUUCGUUAAAUGCAAGCUGCUGUCAGCUUCAUAGCAGUAUGGAGAAAGCUGUGAAUUAGCAUCUAGGAAGGUGGUAUAUACUGGCAGAGAGUCUCCUAAAGCCAUGAGGGGUGGGGAGUAGGUGAUAUCCAAGAAUGUGACUACAGCUUCCUGGGAGGCUGGAAGAUUGGCUGCUCAAAGAGGGACUUCUCUGAGCCUCUGGUGCUCUGCACAUCUCCCCUUUCACAAGGGGGCAGUUUGCUAUGCUGAGCAAUAGACCCCCUCUUGAGUCCUGCCUUGAUAGGCCAUAAGCUGACUUUUGUUCCUCUUAAUCCUUUUUCUGUCUCUUUCCUAUUGUUUGAAAUAUGCUGCCACCUGUACAAAUCUGAAUUAGGUUUUUUGGAGACCAGAAUGUCCAUUGUAGUGGGGCUGGAAUGACCAAGCUGGUUGAUACCUCCUUGGUCUGUAGAGGAGGGGUGAGAGAAUAUUUUGGGGCAUGCUGGUUUCUGCUCCUCCACCCCUUUUCUAAUUGGUGCGGGUUUGGAGUCUUAAAUUUAAACACACAUGGGGGGGGGAGGUUUGGCAGCUUCCCCUCAGGCCUUGAAGGGGUGUGUCUGUAUACCAGUUGCUGAGAAUUGCAAGUGGGCAGAGUACUAUUGCACCUAGGUCCUGCUUGUAGACUAGGUAUCUGGUUGGCCACUGUAAGAACAUGAUGCUGGACUAGAUGGGCCAUUGAACUGAUCCAGUAGGCUUUACUUAUGUUCUUACAUAACUCCUUUAGCUCAUAUGAGACAAGUAACGACACUCUUUCAAAAUGCAGAUGCUGGUGAUAAAUUUGCAUCCAUUUUGGCUUAAAAGGCAGAUGCUCUUGUGUGCUGUCAGCACCAAGGGGCAAACUCAAUUUCAGGUGCUCUCCAGGGAUAGCUACAGUUUCCCUCUUCUGGAUUUUUAUUUUCCUCUCCUUCUCUCCUGCAUAUCAAAUGCUGUGUGUGGUGUCUGUCACCCAACAGCUGCCGUGUGUAACUCUUGUUGGCAUUGGGGAGUUGUGCUUUUUAGUAAGCAUUGGUGUUCAUUUUUGUUACUUUUGUGUAGAGAAGAAUUUAGCUUGUACCUGGUUUUUUAGGCUACCCCUUGUGUUUUUUCUAACUUGUGCUCCACCUUGAGCUAUGUAGAGUUGUGCUUGUUUUUUUGUUAUUGUUGUUGUCCAGUUAAAUGCCAGUCCGUCUCUGAUGUUUGUAGUCAGUGAUUCGUUCUGUUUGUCCAUCUCUCUUUGAGAGGCUUGAGUUAUGUUUUCAGUAGUACAGGCUAUUUUGCCGAUAUGAAGAGAACUUUUCAGAAAGAGACCUGCUCUAGGUCAUUUAAUUUUGAAUACAGUUUUCAAUCGUUCAGGUUUUGGAUGGUUUAUAUCUAAUGUGUGUUUCAUUUUUUUGGAAAGCUCUAUUUUGUAUUUAGAAAAUGAUAAACUAUUUUGCUAUUUGUACUGAGUGAGUACAUUGGCAUAAAUAAUAUAUAUAUAUAAAUAUAUAUAUACAUAUACAUAUACAUAUAUUCACACACACAUAUAUUCUUUUUGCCACAGAUUUUUGUGGUAAAUGUGUGAGUUUUGUUGUCUGUUUUCCCACAACAUGGCAUCUAGGAACCAGGGGAAGGGGGGUUGUUGUUAAGUCUUCACAAAGUAUUUGAGUACUUUUUGCAGCAGAUGUGAUUGGUUCAUCUCUGGCCAUUCAUUUAAUCCGGCAGCCUCUGUGCUGAUUGGCUGGGAGGGCAGCUUCACUGCAGAGGUGACACAUGUGCAUGGGAGUCCCUUGACAUGAGCCAUUCAGCUUUUCACUCAUGGUUAAUGUCUAAUAUUUUAUUACUAGCUUUUUGAUUUAUAACACUACAAAUUCACAAUUGGAACCUUCUUUCCUCAUUUCAUGAUGUCUGUAGCUGCAUUGAGCUUGCUUCUCUUACAUUGUUUUAUUUGCUGAAAGAUUGAGGAUGGGAAGGAGCAACCAUGUGCUGCCAUGUGCCUAACUAUGAAUGAGGAGGCAGAAAGGGAUGUACCAAACCAGUGGCUUUUGUUUUCACUUCUGGGGAUCCUGCAGUUGGGCCUGGGACUGCCUGUGUCUUCUGGAAGAGGCACUUGGUCCCAAGCCAUGGCAGGAGCUUUAUGGGGAAGAAGUGUGUGGAGAGGGUUGAGUAGGAGCAGGUCAACUUGUACGCUGCUGUGUCUUGUUCACUUUGGUGGCAUCAGGACUGUCCUUGGGGGACAGUGCUAAGUCACCAGGGACCAAUCCUCUAUUGAACCAAGUUUCCUGCUCAGAGCCACCUCUUGUCACUUCUCCCCAGAUUACUCCAGCCAUACAACGCAGGCAUCUGCAUUCUGUUUGUUAAAAGGGCUCCUGCUGCUGCUCUGUUCAAAACGGUGAUGUACAUGGGUUUUGGGGUUGGUUUAUUUCUAUUUUAUCUUGGUCCAUUUUAGGUCAAUAUUUAAAUGUGCAACAUUUUUAACAUGUGAUUUGGUUACAAAAAAGUAUGUAUUUGGAACAAAGGUCUGCUCAGUGGCUGGCUGGUGCUGCAUCUUUCCUAUACCCUUUUUGUUUGUUUUGUGGGGCCUGCAGUAGCAGAGCCUACAAAAGGUAUUCUAGAGAGUGUUUCAUGGAGAUGGGACCUUGGUAGCCUUGCAAGGUGCAUCUUGUUUCCUGUGUGUUCUUGAUCCCCACAUGGCAUUUGGAGCUCAUGUUGUCCCCAUUCAUUUUUCUCCUCUGCAUCAGUCCACAAGAAUCCAACUGAGCCUUUCCACCAAAGGGUUUCAAACUACAGGAAGCAAUCAUUUUUAUGUGCAACUCUGGAUAAAGCCACAUUGGGAAUCAGAUUUUGUAAAACUGUAAAAGCCCUUGUGGUUUCAGGUCCCUCCCUGCAUAUUAAUGGUCAAGAGAGAGCUGUCCUUUCAGGCAUCCCUGACUUGCUUUCCCUCCUCCUCUUGUGCACCACUCCAAACAAACAUGCCUAGGAAAGUGUUUGUCCUCUAGCACACUGCAUCAGAGCAGAGCUUGAAAGGCCAGGAAGUACCUCAUUUGGUCUUGUCCACCCUGGCAAUGAGCAGCUUGGUUAUAGCCACAUCCUAUUUGUAAAGGUUGAAGGGACUAAGUAUAUUUAGGCUGUACAAGAAACAGCAAAGAGAUUUGAUAACCAUCACUAAGUAUUUGACAGGCUGUCACUCUUGAUCAUGGGAGCAAAUUAUUUGUUGUUUUCUCCAGGGCUUCAGUGUUAACCAAUAGGUCCAUAUUGCAAGAAAAAGGAUUUAAACUAAAUAUUAGGAAGAACUUCUUGACAGUCCAGGCUGCUUGUGACUGCUUCAGAAAAUGGUGAUCUCUUGUUUGAGCAGGGACUGGAGUCUCAUUGCUAUGGUUGUCAUAGCAGAGGAUUUCCUGCAUUGGAAUAACUUUUGAGUGUAACCCUCACCUCUGCACCAGACAUGGCCUAUAUGGAUGCUGCUGCUGUCACCACUGCAGUUUUCUUUCAGUCCCUGCCACCACUGCCGCUUUGAUCCUUAAGCCCUUAGGUAGCUUGGCUGUCAUCUGGGGUCCAUUGUUUCCUCUUUUCCGCAGCUUUUGUAUUGGGGCUCUGGUCCAUGGAGUCCAACUUGUUUGGAAUGAAGUCAAAUUUGGACACGGCAAGGUUUUGUUCUGAACAGUUUGGGCUUGGACCUGCUGAGACCAAGAAUCUCAUUGCACCCCUCUGUCCCAACAGCAGUUUGCGUGCAACUAAUGAAGGUUUUCUCCCAGAGCUCGGCCUGUUAAUAUUGCUGCAGUCCUGACACACUCACACUCCCUCCCCCUCCCCUUUCUUGCCAUGCUUGCUUAGAACAGCACUCAAGACCAGCCAGCCACCAAGCAGCCUCUUCCAAUAUCCUGCAAUGUGAAUGUAGCCUCAGAUGGCCCCUUGUGCAUUUUGUGUCCCUGGCUUGUGUAGGUGGGUUUCUCAGAGCACUGAUAACGACUUUGUUUAUUCUAUUUGGGGGGGGGGACUCAUUUGCAUUUGUUUUUAGCUAUCCUGUGAUAACUUGUUGAAUAUUAAGAGAGAGAUAUUUUGCUUCUAUUGGGACAUUUGUAUACUUGCAACUAUAUUUCUGUACACAGCUGCAGUCAAGAAUAAAACUUUGAAAGUUUUCAUUUUGCAGUGUA